AUGCUAAAAUUUGUCACCACAAAAUUGGAUGAUCCAGCAACGUCGGAUGAGAAAUUGAAGGUUACGAAUGAUAACAAAAGUUAUCUCAAUCUUCAAAAUGGUGAUUAUCUUUUAAAACAACAACAACACGAUCGUCAUAAAACUCAUCAUCAACAUCAUCGUCGUCCUCUGUCUGAUGUUUUUCAUCAUCACGAUCUUCAAAAAUAUCACGAUUAUAACGAAGACAACCGUCUUCAACGACUACCGCAAUCAUCUCACAUCCCCCUGCCAGCACUUCCCGCACGAUGCUUCAAAAAACUGAACUUCACAUGCGAGCACAACAACGAUCCCAAAGAACAACUUCUCCACAACCUUUCAUUGACACGUGAGAAUUCUAUUUUGCAAGGUGAACAUUGCAGUUCCAAAAAGUUCAACCAUGAUGACGAUGUUAAUGAUGUUAACAGCGAAUACAUGGCGAAACAUUUUGACCAAUUAUCUGACGAUUCGGGUAUUGCGUCCAAUGGAGCAAUAAGCGAAGUUCCGACACCAGAUCCAUCUGAUCAAAAACUGAAUGAAUUUUCACUUCAAAACGGUGACUGUGUGUGUGAACAAAAUAAUGAAAAUUAUGACGCAUUUCGAGUUUCAAACGGAAGAUUAAAAAAUAAUCUGAACGUGGAAGAAACCUGCAUAUACUCGCCUAAUUCAGUAGAAAAUAUUUAUCGAAAUGUGGCUGUUAACAGAAGUGAGCCAGUGGGCUCACGAAUAUCAUCUGCCCUUCACGAACACGAUCACGAACAUAACUUGAAUGACAUCAAGCAGUGCAGUAGUUUAAAAAGUAAUGUUCUGCAAGUUGUUUGCAAUGAGGAAAAACCAAUUUGCAACGGAAAUAUAAAUUUUGCUGCUGCUAACACGAUCAGGAAACGUGACGAUGUCUCUAAAAAACUCACUUCUAGCCUGUCAGUUGAAGAAAAAAAAUCACAUCGCUAUGAAAAGAGUUCCCAAUCAUCCCUGUGUUACUUGCCGUGCGUUGUUAAUGUUCACAGCACUUCUCAAGAUAGAAUAAUGAAAAUGAAGGAAAGACACUCACAACAAUACAAACAACAGCACACUUGCAACACAUCUGAAAAUAAAAACACAACCUCUCUUGGAGGCAACUCUAUCAGAAGAAAUACUUUAAAAGUUGGCGAAACUGAAACAAGUUUUAUUGUGAAUAUGCAACAAACAACUCAACCGAGAAUUAAAACGCUCUGUCAUGAAUCACCUUUCAAUAAAUUUAAAGUUAUGUUGAACAGGAACAACCAGACCAACCAUUGUAGACCUACAAAAUUACCUGCUUUUCAACAAUCUAUCAGUUACGAUUAUCACGAAAAAUCCAACAACACUAAUUUCAAAUUCAAUGAAGGUAACAUCAAAAGACCUUCCUCGGUUAGAAGCGAUUCUUUGAAUAGUGAGGAUGUUCAGGGGGAUUUUAUCAAAAGACAAAAUUUUGUUGGUGUGUUUAACAGUUUGACAAGAUUUUUCAAGCGAAAAACAAAAUUAAACGAAUCGACCAGUGUUCAAACCCAAAAUAUGUCCCAGUCCUUAAAGAAAAUGAAUCCAAUAAUGGAAGACUUGAAAAAUGAUUAUUUAACAAAGCCUAACAAAAGAAAAAUUUACUGCUCCGAUUCAAAUUUGAAUGCCGUCACAACCUCCAGUCAGUUGGACGAAUCCAACAACAUCGAUUUCAACUCUCCGAUGGCUUCUCGUGAACUUUUCAAGUUGAGCCAUAACUACGAAGGUGCACAAACGAUGAAGCAAUAUUUUUCAGAUUUCAACAAGUGGAGUUCGUUUCUAAUGAAGUUUGCAAAAACGGAACAAUCGAGCAUCAUUCUGAAUGAAGAGAAGUUUCAAAUCGAAAGGUCAAAGUUCAAACGUUCCAUCCGAAAUUUUAUUAUUCAUGCGAAGGAAGCAAUCGUCAACCGUGAUCUGAAAUCAGAAUUUGAAAAGAAAAUUUGUAGAGACUGCAGCACAUCUUUUGCGCAAGUUGUGGCAUGUUGUUGUCUCGUCCUCGACUAUAUAUCCGUCGGGAUUGAACGAUUAAACAUGGCAGAGAUGGUGUGCAGAGUUGGAAAAAUAUUCUAUAUAAUCGUUUCGUUGUACAUCGGCAACAAAAAUCAUUUAAAAAGCAUUGAGUCAUCAUCCGCGUUCUACAAAAAAGUAGAUUUACUCAUCGAAUGCUCAAAAAAUCUAGCAAUCCACGUGGAGGCUCUUAAAUAUACAGAUGUUACAAAACUCUUAUGA